AUGCCUCCACGAAAGCGAGCGCGCACAUCGCAGGCCACUUCUCCCGACCCCCUUCCCCCUUCACAAACCAAGACGCCGACACCAGCGGGAAGUGCGGAGCCCAACUCAUCACCCGUGAAAGACGACGAAGCACGACUGGACGACCCAUGGACGGAUGAGGAGGAGAUCGGACUUUACAAGGGCAUGAUGCGAUGGAAGCCGACCGGGAUCCACAAGCACUUUCGCCUCAUGGCUCUCCAUGCCUGGCUGCUGGAAAAUAGGUAUAUCCACCCGUCCAAUGCGCACACGAGACCCGCCGGCAUUUGGGCGAAGCUCAAUACAUUGUACGACUUGUCAGCGCUUGAUGCAAGAGAAGAUGCAAGGCAAUUGCCCAAGCUGGAGAACCCGCUCGUAGACGAAGGUCCAGCGGAAGUGGAGAAAGAAGAAGUACUCGCCGACGCAGAUGCCUACUCGGAGGCGGACAACAAGAUCGACGACGAGGAGUUCGAUCCGAGCGGUAUGGAUGGACUUGAAGAGGACAUGUGGAAGCGACGACUACCAACACGUCCGGAGGAAGCAGACGAAGAUGGCGACAGCGAGCCAGAACUACCCGAUAUCAAUCUUGCCGAGGAGCCUCCCGUGAAGUUCAUGCCCUCGUUUAGCAUUGAACCAAGUGAGGCUGCAACGCCGGGCAGUAGGAAAGGCAAGGGCGGCAGGAGAAGCACAGGAAAAGCGAGCGAGAAGGGGACGCGAAGAAGCGCAAGGCAGGCAGAAAGUGCUGCCGAUGAGGGAGAAGGCAGUGAAGCAGAGCCGGAAGAGGGGGCAGAAGAAGGAGGCGAGGAAGAGAAUGAAGAUGAAGAGGAGGGGAGUGAGGAGGAAAGUCGAGCUAGCACUCCGGCGCCCAGAAGUACGAGAGCGAAGAGCGCGAAAGGACGACUGCCUGGCAGAGGGAGAGGGCGUGGAAGAGGACGAAAAUGA